AUGGUGCCUCGAAUGUUGCGUCUCUCUCGCCGCCUGUGCACUAACCUCCCAAGCCCCCUCUCCUCUCUCCCCGCCCAACUUCAUCGCGAAGCCGUGGCCACGCAAUCCCUGCUCUCCUCUGCGCAAGAAGCGUGCGCUACAGCCGCAGUCGAGGGCUCGGACGAGAUCGAGCGCGCGCAAGCACGCGCGCUCACCAAGGCGGCGUUAGAGCGGUACGUUGCUCUGGUGGCACGCGGGUCACCCCCCGUGCAGCUUUCGCCGAUGGGCGGCGGAGUCGAGGGGGAGGAGAAGGCGGAUUGGAAGGAGACAGUGCGGGAUAGGAACGAUGUAAUGAGGGCAUUAGGGGAGGACGUGCAUCGCUUGAGGAUGGCCGUGUUUCAAGGAAACAGACCCAGAGUGUGGAUGGGCUGGCACGGGUGGUUUUGAGUGCCGCUUGUGUUUCGGCCGUCUUCGCGAUUGAUCGUAACAGGUUAAUUGGGGUGGAGCGCGUGGUGUGCUCCAGCGUUUGCAUAAGGUGAAGCGGCACCUAUCGGAUGUCUUUGACUAAUCUCGAGGUAUCCAUUUGGUGGCACAAGGCCUUCUUGAUAAUCGCCUCGUGCCUCGACCAACAGGUGAAGAAGGGAAGGAGAGUCGCAUGCGUUAUGAGCUGAACACAGCGACGACCCGGACGAGGGUCCGUGAGGUGAUCGCGACAGUAAGAAGAAGGGCAUAAUGCAGUUUGGAGAUGCAUGAGGUGCCGAAGCUGCGCCGUAGAGCGGAUAUGGAAAGAACGGUUCGCGAAGACGAGGGGGAGCCUUUCGAUUGUUGGUAUUGGUGCGAAGGCGUACCUCGAUAAGAUGCGUAGUCAGGUGCCCGGGAUUCAGAUGAACAGGUCUUGAAGGUUCGGGAGUGUGGCUUUUUAGUGGCAAUCACGCUUCCAGCAACGUUGCCGACAGCGUGGUUUAACCGGUUUUGCUCUGCGCAGCAGAAAGUCGGUCUCUAUUUGGCGCUGGUUUAGAGGGCCAGGGAGAAAGUCUGGUCGGUUUGUGCUGUGCGUGAGAGCUGCGGAAAUAUCUUUCUUGUCGAUUGAAGGCAGUCGCUGAGGGAGUCGACCACGCAGGCGUACAGGGCAUGUUCAGAUGAUGCGAACGGGCGUGGGCCGGUGGAAGGCGCUCCGCGGGUGAAGUGCGAUGCUUAACGUGGUUGAUCGGAAGGCUUGCAAGUACGGGUGUAGCCAGCGCUUCAAGGAAGUUGUGCCUUACAAGACGCAAUAUCGUCCGCUCUUCACGGGUGGAGGUAAGCGUUUAGGGAGUGCUGGGACCUUGCCAGCGCAUGUUGGGUUAGUUCAGCUCAUUGGUGAGAUGAUUUCUGAUCGAAGAAGGUUGGGAAUAAAGUGUCACUACUUUGUCAG